CGAUACACACAGUCACUCAUUGAAGUUCACAUGUGAGACACCCUUUAUUCAGCUUCAAUCCAUGUUUACCAACUUUGGCAGAAUUUUUAUGAACUAUUGACAUGCGCCACUCAAGGACCAACAAAAUGGAGAAUCCUGUGGACAAGAGCCUGGGGGAGGUAACGGUGCCCUAUGUCUUCACUUUUGUACCUGUUGUACACAAAUUACCAAUUAAAAGUUGUUUGGAGGAGACAUCGGCAGCUUCAGGGGGAAAACAACAUGAGAACGUGGCAGAGGAGACCACCAGGGAGAACGUGUCAGAAGAACAGCCUUUCAGAUCCAUGUAUAUCCCAAACUCAGAGCAUCGGGAAGAAAAGUGCAGCACGCAAUCGCACAAAAACACUGAAACUGCGCGUGCACCUCCACAGGAUCUCGUGUCUGGCUCAGCUCCCUCCUUCAGCGAUCAGUCUCAAAAUACCUCUAGCGGGGGACAAGCCACUAUGGAGGCAGCUGCUAAUAGACAUACAGACAUUUCCCAGCAGCCAUAUCAAUGUGUCCCUGGGCGUGCGUCUGAGGUUAGCUGCUAUUUCAAAACACAACAGGACAGAACUAGCCCCACCAUUUCCGCAGACUUGUUUCCUACACCGGCUUCUUCAAGAGAGUCCAUCUUAUCUGCAUGUUCGGAAAAAGACGCUUCUCUUAUCUCCGGCAGCCGCACUAUCUCCCCCUGUUCUUCAGUCUAUUCUGGCAUCUUCACUCCUUCUAUUAUCCCAGUUAAAAAGCACUUCCUCGCGCCUGGUUCUAGCCUGAUUAGCCUACCACAAAGUUUGCGUUCUUCGUGUGAGAGCCUAUCGUGUCCAAUGUCCCCGACCUUGACUCGUCACCGCCCCCCGUUGACCCGUUUGUCUCUCCUCACCGCCAUUUUGAGGAAAGGUCGGCUCCCUGUUUUGUCCUCUGUCCAACGCCCCUACACCCCCUGCUGGCCGGUCAACAACAUCACAGUAUCCCAUUGCAACGCUUGCUCGGCUGCCUCGAGUGUUGCGUCCAUUCCCUUGGAGCUUUCCACUGAGUUUUCCUCCACGACUUCAAUAGACAGCCAAAGUGACGCGUACAGGGACCCGAGCCGCUGCGCCACCGCUCCGCCGCUCUUGUGCAAAACGUCAUGCCCCAAGAAUCAAAUCAAAACCAGUUCAUCAAACACAGUCCCAAGAUGGCAGCAAGUAAUUUCACCUCCGCCUCCGAGCUCUUUGAAAUCGCAGAAGAAGAACAGCUCGAUCAAGCCGGUUCCAGUCGGUUCCUCAAUAGUCAAAUCUGCCUCCCCAAUAAAUCGGUCUUACAUCUCUAUUUCUAAACCACAGUCCCCCAUUUUGAAACCUUCAAUCUGCGUCAACGUGGAUAAUAGCCCCAACAAACUCACAUGUCUAUCUCCUGAGCCUGCUUUGGAGCUAAAUACAGGUGUACCGCAGAAAUGGACCCACCUCCCUAAUUCCUCAUUCUCUAAGCUUCAGUCUCUGUCACAACAGCUCAAAUCUCCUCCUUCUGACUCUUCUGAAAAUGUUACUUCCACCUAUUCACCAUCGCCGCCCCCUACUGGGUUCACCAUAGAGAAGCUACGGGUCCCAACCCAUUCUGAACCGAAAAAGUCACCUCUCCUAUCUCACUGUCUGUCUCCUUCUCGCUACACGCCCAUGGCUUUUUCAGGGUGGCCUUCUCCGGGUGCUUCCGCCUCCCCCACGCCCACCCACACGCCCACCCCCUCGCCUGCUCCACCAAUCAGAGAGUUCACCCCGUCACCCUGUCUGUCACUGCGGUCCACGCCUUCUCCGCGACCAGGGAGUGGAAUAUCAGACAGCUCUGACAGGCAGGGUAAAAAAAGAAAGCCACACAAGAUCAAAUCGAGCUAUAAAUCACUGGCAGCGAUUCCCACCAACACCCUGCUACUGGAUCAACAGGUGAUAGACGAGCAGGUGGAGAGAGGGGAGGCCAGCUCUGGGGACAGAGGUGUGCCAUUAGACGCACAGGAGACUGAUACCCAUGAAGAAAUGUGUUCACCAGCCUGGCUCAAGAAGGAGUCUGAAGAGUUGUAUGCAGUUAUAGAUGAGAUUUUAAGGAGCUCCCCAAUUCCAUCUAAAUCAAAAUCGCCAGUUGUCAAAGAGUCACAGAAAAACAACUCAACUUUUCCGAGAACGUAUGGCCGUGAAACUAAAUACGCAUCUGUUGGCAGUUUAAAGCCAAAUGCAAAUGACCAGAGAAGAGCAGAUCUUCAUAAGACAAGGCCGGGGGUGAUCCGCACUAUGGCGACCUCUCCCAGACUGACACCAGAGGAUCCUCAUAGACAGUCUGAGUGCAGUCCCUCCAGGCACUUUGUCUCUCAACUGCACUUCAGCACCAAGGGCAGAAACACCAGUGGGGUAGACAGCGGUUCAGAAGGCAAGACACUGGGAGGAGAAGUGCGCCCCCUAGCCCCCUCAGCAUGUGACCUGCACAUCACCGAGCCAGAGGAGCUCCUCAGACUCCCCCCAAAACAUGGACCCUCCACAUCUUUCUGUCCCACUGAGAGAAAACCAGAGGCGUUCCAGACUCAAAUUUAAUCUAGAGUCUGGACAAGUGCUUGGUAUGCUCAAAUACUGGGCAUAAAGACAAUUGGACCCAGCACGCCCCCUGUAAAAUGAAUAAAAGCAAAGCACUUGAAGCUGCCCUACCGAACUAUAAUGUACACAAAAGACUGCAAAAUUACUUCUUUGGCUUGUUUUAAUUACAGUGAUUUAAAUGUUCAGAGCAAUUACAGGCUUUUUACUUCAGAAACAGAUCUACAGACCUUGGGUAAUAUAAUAAAAAUAUUCUCACAAA